AUAACCGUAGAAGAACAGGGAGUAGCGGAAGGCGGUUGUUUUUUCCCCCUUACCGCAUUUGCUAAUGUAAACCCGAUUUAUUUCUCGUUGUUUUGAAAACCGCCGUUCACUUUUACUCUGGAGAGCACAGUAAAGCGGUCGCGAGGAUGUUGGCUACAGGAGCGACUGUAAGCACAGCGGGUCUGGCACAGGUGGACCGGGAGAAGAUCUACCAGUGGAUCAAUGAGCUGUCCAGUCCAGAAACACGAGAGAACGCCUUGCUGGAGCUCAGCAAGAAGAGAGAGUCAGUGACGGACCUGGCCCCAAUGCUCUGGCACUCCUGCGGGACCAUAGCAGCUCUACUCCAGGAAAUUGUGAACAUCUACCCAUCCAUAAACCCCCCGACACUGACGGCACAUCAGUCUAAUCGAGUGUGUAACGCUUUAGCACUGCUGCAGUGUGUGGCGUCACAUGUAGAAACACGCUCUGCUUUUUUGGCAGCUCACAUCCCUUUAUUUCUGUACCCGUUUCUGCACACGGUCAGUAAAACCAGACCCUUCGAGUACCUGCGGCUCACCAGUCUGGGAGUCAUCGGAGCACUGGUCAAAACAGAUGAGCAGGAGGUCAUCAACUUUCUGUUAACCACAGAAAUCAUUCCUCUCUGUCUGCGCAUAAUGGAGUCCGGCAGCGAGCUCUCCAAAACGGUGGCCACGUUUAUCCUGCAGAAGAUCCUCUUGGAUGACACGGGGCUUGCCUACAUCUGCCAGACCUACGAACGCUUUUCACAUGUAGCCAUGAUACUGGGGAAGAUGGUUCUUCAGUUGUCUAAGGAACCCUCGGCUCGUCUGCUCAAACAUGUUGUGCGCUGUUAUUUACGACUUUCUGACAACUCCAGGGCGAGAGAAGCUCUGCGUCAGUGUUUGCCCGACCAGCUGAAAGACACCACAUUUGCUCAAGUUCUGAAGGACGACUCCACCACCAAACGCUGGCUCGCUCAGCUGGUCAAGAACCUUCAGGAAGGGCAGGUGACGGACCCACGCGGCAUCCCUUUACCUACUCAGUGACACACACACUGAUAAACAAACACACACACACACACUCAGGACGCCAGCACAGCAGCAUCUCGCACACAUCUGACACAUUUUUACACACAAGGGCACUUAAUAUUUUUUGGCCAAGAAGUUCAGAAACGGUGCUCAGAUUUCACGGUUUGAUUUUAUUUCUUUUUUUCGAGAUGUUUAAAUUGACUUUGGACUCUGCUGGACUGAGGAAGAGUCAGUCUCAUCCAUCAUUAGGGAUUUUCUUUUUUUCUACAUCUUCUUGAUGGAAUCCUAAAGAAGAUGAUGAAAGACUGUUUUGUCUGUAUUUUCAUCCUAAACUAAAGGAAAUGUGUAUUUUGAAUGCUGUUGAAUAAACAGUGUCAUGCCAUGGGAAAUGUCAUGCGAAACUGA